CCUUUUUAAAAAAAAAUUAUUUUAGUCAAAAAAAAAAAAUUUAUUAAACUCUUAAUAAAAAAAGAAACUUUUCUUUUAAUUUCCUUGUUAAAAAUCAUUAUUAACCAAACGAACACGAAUCAUCAAACUCUGACCAAAUCUCCCAUCUAGUUGUGUUUAUUUUCUUCCCUUUUCUUUCCUUCCUUCAGUUCAAAGUGUCAACUUCAGUUCCUCCAUACUUCUUCUCCAUCUCCAUCUCUCUGUCGCUCUCCUAAAUUCCCAUCUUCUCCGUGCAAAGAUUUAUUUAUCUUUUCCAUUUAUUACAGAAACCAAAAAAACGAUUUUAAUAGUUUUUGUUCUUUGUGUUUGUUGUGUCAUCCUCUACUUAUAGGAAUCUUUUGAUUUCGAUAUAUACAUAUUCUCCAAAAGGCAUCUUCUUCUUCUCCUCCUAUUAUCUGAUUGUACAGUUUCAUAUUCCAAUUCAAGUUUUUGUUUUUACCAAAUGAUUAAUCAAUCACAAAGACCCCAACUUUGGUAACUCUAUCUAGUUAGGGUUUUUGUGUCUGAAAACCAAAUAUAAUCAUUAGUUCUUGUCUGGAGGAAAGGAAAAAAUGGGAUCUGCAAGUGGGUUUUACUCAAACGAAGGGUUUGAAUUGGAUCCUAAAUGGCGAGUUGAUCCUCGUCAUCUCUUUGUUGGUCCCAAGAUCGGUGAAGGUGCUCAUGCCAAAGUCUACGAAGGAAAGUAUAGAAACCAAACGGUCGCGAUUAAAAUAAUCAAAAGAGGAGAGUCCCCUGAAGAGAUUGCUAAAAGAGAAAGCCGGUUUGCAAGAGAGAUCGCUAUGUUAUCUAAAGUCAAGCACAAGAACUUAGUCAAGUUCAUUGGAGCGUGCAAAGAAAAGAUGGUUAUAGUUACUGAGCUUCUACUAGGCGGUACAUUGCGUAAAUAUCUAGUGAAUUUGCGGCCAAACCGUUUAGAUAUACGUUUGGCUGUUGCGUUUGCUCUUGACAUUGCUCGUGCUAUGGAAUGUUUGCAUUCCCAUGGAAUCAUUCACCGCGAUCUCAAACCAGAGAAUUUGAUCUUAUCUGAGGAUCAAAAGACGGUAAAACUAGCUGAUUUCGGUUUGGCUAGAGAAGAAUCAUUAACAGAAAUGAUGACCGCAGAGGCUGGUACUUACCGUUGGAUGGCCCCUGAGCUUUACAGUACGGUUACAUUAAGACAUGGAGAGAAGAAACAUUAUAACCAUAAAGUAGAUGCUUAUAGCUUCGCCAUUGUCUUGUGGGAACUCAUUCUCAACAAGUUACCAUUUGAAGGCAUGUCUAAUCUACAAGCUGCUUAUGCAGCUGCCUUCAAGAACGUGAGGCCUAGUGCAGAGGAUUUACCAGGGGAACUAGGGUUGAUAGUGACAUCAUGCUGGAAAGAAGAUCCUAACGAACGGCCAAACUUCACUGAGAUUAUACAAAUGCUCCUCCGUUACCUCUCCACUGUUUCACCACCACAGAUCGUUCCUCCUCCGGUGAGACGUGUUUUCUCGUCGGAAAACGUGGUUUUCUCACCGGAUUCUCCAGGAACUUGUUCGCUGAUGAAUGUCAGAGACAAAGAUGGUUCAGGUGAGAACGUUAACGUUGCUGUGUCGUCGGAGAAAGAAACGAAAGGAAGCUUCUUCUUCUGCUGCUCAUAGAUGAUGAUGAAUACUAUAAAGAGUAAUCGGUUGUAAUUGUGUAAAGGAGAACGAGAGGAAGAUGUGUUGUUAUAUGGAAUGAUAAAUAGCAAAAGAACUUAGAUCACAGUAACGAGUAAAAAAAACUCUAUUGUUCGUGUCCCAAGUGAAAAUAUUCAACUCUGAACCUUUUAUUUUGCUUGUUAGUGUAUAUAUGUAGUACGUUUAAUUAAUUUACAAUAAAGUUUUAAAAUAUAAAAA